AUCAUGUACACUAUAUAUUGUGAAGGUUGUUCUAGUAAUUGAGUAAGGGAAGAUAUGAAGAUCUUUAACUCCAUUAUUUCUCUUCUGUUUCUGUUUUCCCUUUUCUCUUUCUUGCAGUGUCCAACAGAAGCUGCUAAAAAGUCUUAUGUGGUGUACUUAGGUGUGCAUUCUCAUGGAUCUGAACCCUCUUCUACAUUGGAUAUCAAUGGAAUUACUGACUCCCACUAUGAGUUACUGGGUUCUUGCAUUAAGAGCAAGGAGAAGGCAAGAGAAGCAAUAUUCUAUUCAUACACAAAUUACAUCAAUGGCUUUGCUGCAAUACUUGAAGAUGAUGAAGUUCAUGAAAUAUCAAAGCGGCCAGAAGUUGUAUCAGUUUUUCCUAAUGAAGCGAGUGAACUACAUACUACAAGGUCAUGGGAGUUCCUUGGACUAGAGAGAAAUGGUCGAAUUCCAGCUAAUUCUCUGUGGCUAAAGGCGAGAUUUGGUGAAGAUGUAAUUAUUGGCAAUCUCGACACUGGUGUAUGGCCUGAAUCCGAAAGCUUCAGUGAUGAAGGGAUGGGACCUGUUCCAUCGAAGUGGAAAGGAUAUUGUGAUACAAAUGAUGGAGUUAGAUGCAACAGGAAGUUGAUUGGGGCAAGGUACUUCAACAAGGGCUAUCAAGCAGCUACAGGAAUCCGUCUGAAUUCAUCAUUCGAUACUGCCCGAGAUACAAAUGGACAUGGAACUCACACCCUUGCUACAGCAGGCGGUCGCUUUGUUUCGGGUGCCAACUUUCUUGGCUCUGCCAAUGGAACUGCUAAGGGAGGGUCGCCUAAUGCCCGAGUUGUUUCGUACAAAGUUUGUUGGCCAUCUUGCUCUGAUGCUGAUAUAUUAGCUGCCUUUGAUGCUGCUAUUCAUGAUGGUGUUGAUAUCUUGUCCAUUUCCCUUGGAAGUCGUCCUCGCCAUUAUUAUAAUCAUGGCAUUUCAAUUGGAUCUUUUCAUGCUGUUAGAAACGGCAUUCUUGUUGUUUGCUCAGCCGGAAAUUCUGGCCCUACUGCUAGCAGUGCUUCGAAUGGAGCACCUUGGAUACUCACAGUUGCUGCCAGUACAAUUGAUCGUAAUUUUACUUCUAAUGCUAUUCUUGGAAAUAAAAAGAUACUUAAGGGCCUGAGUUUCAAUACCAAUACCUUGCCUGCUAAGAAGUAUUAUCCCUUGGUAUACUCUCUGGAUGCUAAAGCUGCCAAUGACACUUUUGAUGAGGCACAAUUUUGCACUCCUGGAUCCCUUGAACCAAGCAAGAUAAAGGGGAAAAUUGUGUACUGUGUCAGCGGCUUUAAUCAAGAUGUUGAGAAGAGUUGGGUCGUUGCUCAGGCUGGUGGAGUUGGGAUGAUACUUUCUAGUUUUCAUACAUCCACUCCUGAAGCUCACUUUCUUCCUACUUCAGUUGUUUCUGAACAUGAUGGUUCAUCCGUUUUAGCUUAUAUUAAUAGCACCAAGUUGCCAGUAGCUUAUAUUAGUGGUGCUACAGAAUUUGGAAAAACUGUUGCACCUGUCAUGGCUUUAUUUUCCUCUCCUGGACCUAAUGCAAUUACUCCGGAGAUCCUGAAGCCUGAUAUUACUGCACCUGGAGUCGACAUUUUAGCUGCUAAUACAGAAGCAAAAGGACCGACUUCUGUACGUAUGGACCAUCGGCAUCUUCCAUUCACUAUUUUGUCAGGAACUUCAAUGUCGUGCCCUCAUGUUUCCGGCAUUGCUGCUCUUCUUAAAAGCUUGCGUCCUGAUUGGAGUCCUGCUGCAAUUAGAUCUGCAAUCAUGACCACAGCAAGAACUAAGAGUAACACCGGAGGGUCGAUCUUGAAUGAGAAUCUUGAGGAGGCAACCCCAUUUGACUAUGGUUCAGGUCAUAUCCGGCCAAGCCAUAUAGUAGACCCAGGCUUGGUUUAUGAUUUAAGUUCCAAAGACUACUUGAAUUUUUUGUGCUCCAUUGGCUAUAAUAAUACCCAAAUGUCAAAUUUUGUUGACAAGUCAUACAACUGCCCAUCAGCCAAAAUCAGUUUGUUAGACUUCAAUUAUCCAUCAAUCACUGUUCCUAACCUCAAAGGUAAUGUAACAUUGACUCGAACACUAAAGAAUGUAGGAACUCCAGGCAUAUAUACAGUUCGUAUACGCGCACCUAAGGGAAUUUCAAUAAAGAUUGAUCCAAUGAGUUUGAAGUUCAACAAAGUGAAUGAAGAGAGAAGUUUCAAGGUAACACUGAAGGCAAAGAAAAAUCAGAGCCAGGGCUACGUUUUUGGCAAGCUGGUAUGGUCAGAUGGGAUGCACAAUGUAAGGAGUCCUAUUGUGGUGAAGAAAGCAACAAAGCCCAAUUUAGACUGAGUUCAUUUGUUAAGCAUUUCUUCCGAUCAACAUUUGUAUUUUUUCCGGGAAAGGCUACUUGUUGAGAGCAGCUCAUGGAAAGAGCAUGUUUCCAUGUUCAUUGAAAUAACAAUAAAAUCACAUUGGAAACGAA